AUGCGCGACUGGCUCAGAGUGGCGUCAACUGUUAUUCAGUUCAUCGUUGCCAACGACAACUUCAUCAGUAUUCUGGUCGCAAACAUGUCAUCUGUUAGUGAAGAUAUGAAGCGCAAGGCUUCGGAAGAAGCCGAUACCCCAGAUUCCAGACACCGGAGUAAGAAGGCUCGGACAGAGUCAUUCAAUGAGAGUGAGACGAAGGAAGGUUCAGUCGAGAAGCCACCGCUCAAACUCGUCCCAUAUCCUGAGAAGCCCGCCGUGAUCGAAGAGAAAGAAGGCAAAAUUGAAUUCCGAGUAGUGAACAAUGACGGGCAGAGGGAGAGCUUCAUCAUUCUCACCGGAUUGAAGUGCAUUUUUCAGAAGCAGCUUCCGAAGAUGCCAAAGGAUUAUAUUGCGCGAUUAGUCUACGACAGGACGCAUCUUUCCAUUGCCAUUGUAAAGCACCCUCUGGAGGUCGUAGGGUACGUUUCCAUGCGAUGCACGCAAACCCCUUUAGAUGCGAGUCUGCUAACUAUCUGUAGCGGUAUCACAUAUCGUCCGUUCAAAGGCCGCAAAUUCGCCGAAAUCGUGUUUUGCGCCAUCUCCUCAGAUCAGCAGGUCAAGGGAUAUGGUGCACAUUUAAUGUCGCAUUUAAAGGAUUACGUGAAAGCAACUUCGGAUGUGAUGCAUUUCCUUACGUACGCGGAUAAUUACGCCAUUGGCUACUUUAAAAAGCAAGGAUUUACGAAGGAAAUAAGCUUGGACAAAUCAAUAUGGAUGGGAUACAUCAAGGAUUACGAAGGUGGGACAAUCAUGCAGUGCACGAUGUUACCUAAGAUUCGAUAUUUAGAGUCGGGCCGCAUGAUCCUCAAGCAAAAGGAGGCUGUGCAUGCGAAAAUCCGGGCAUUCAGCAGAUCGCAUAUCGUUCACUCGCCUCCAAAGGAAUGGAAAAAUGGUGUAACCAAGAUUGAUCCUCUUAGUAUUCCCGCGAUCAAGGAAUCGGGUUGGUCUCCUGAUAUGGAUGAACUCGCACGACAACCUCGACAUGGACCCAAUUAUAACCAGCUACUUCAUCUCCUCAAUGAUAUGCAGAAUCACUCUGCCGCUUGGCCAUUCGUACAACCCGUCAACAGAGAUGAAGUACCGGACUACUACGAAGUGAUCAAAGAGCCCAUGGAUCUGUCGACUAUGGAAGAGAAGCACGAGAAGGACCUUUAUCCUACUCCACAGGAUUUUAUCAGGGACGCCAUGUUGAUAUUCGAUAAUUGCCGAAGAUACAACAACGAGACCACACCUUACGCGAAGAGCGCCAAUAAGCUUGAGAAGUUUAUGUGGCAACAAAUCAAGAACAUUCCCGAGUGGUCGCAUCUUGCGGAGAAUCACUAGACAGUUCAGCUCAUCAUGAAGAUAUUUGUUUCAAAUCGCAUUAUACCACCGCAUGAUUAGGAUUUACGCCAGGCGUUAUGGCGUUUUCGUUGCUGCAUUUUGACAUGUAGUUGAACUCACCAAUAAAGAUAUAAUUAUGACC